CCGAAUCCGUAUAGAUACUCCGCAAUGGCUCCGAAAACAAGCGGCAAAGCUGUGAAGAAGUCUGGCAAGGCUCAGAAGAAUAUCUCCAAGAGCGACAAGAAAGGCAAGAAGAAGAGGAGGAAGGAGAGCUACGCCAUCUACAUCUACAAGGUCCUGAAGCAGGUCCACCCCGACACCGGAGUAUCCUCCAAGGCCAUGAGCAUCAUGAACAGCUUUGUCAACGACAUCUUCGAGCGUAUCGCCGCCGAGGCCUCGCGCUUGGCUCACUACAACAAGAGAUCGACCAUCACCUCCCGGGAGAUCCAAACCGCCGUCAGGCUGCUGUUGCCUGGUGAGCUCGCCAAGCACGCCGUGUCCGAAGGCACCAAGGCCGUGACUAAAUACACCAGCUCGAAGUAAACACUCUAAUCAGGACUUGAACAUCGAAACAAUCAGCCUUUUUCAAGGCUACCAAAUAUUUAAAACGUAAAACGAACUUUAAUCGCAUAAAACUCGAUUAUCAAGCUUAAUAAUCUUUAUUUAACAAAAUUUCUAAACGAUAAUAAUUUUUACAAUACCGUAGCUGGAUUUUGUUUUGAUUAUUCAUGUGUACGGGUCAGCCUCAAAGAUCCGGCUGGCUUGACGAAUGAAAAGUUGUUUGAUUCACAAGAAUUCAAGAACUAAAAAUUAUAAUCAACAAAUUAUGAUUCGCGAGCUUUUAGUUGAGCUCAAUACUUAUAAAAUGAAAAUAUUGUUUUUCUUAAAUUGUUUUGCACGUAGUGAAGGUUACGACAUUAUCCGCGUUUGCGAGCGUAUGACAAUAUUUCCUGUGAGAGAAACAUCUGUCGAAUAGAGUCUGAGUCGUGUUUAUUAACUAUAAUAUCUUUUUGUCAACCUUGGCUGAUGGGUAUUAAUUAGAUUAUAGCGCUCGCGGGCUACAUUUUUCAAACGUAAAAUUUCCAUUGGGAAUUCAGCUCUCUCUUGAGAAAAUUAUUGUAUUGUUUUCGAGGACAGUUAUGAAUUUCAAAUAUGAUGUCCUUGACUAGAGCACGGCCAUAACAAAGGGGUCUUAUCUGCGAGACUUUUGAUUUUCAGGUUCACACAAACAAAAAUAGCUUAGAAGCGAGACUCGUUACAACUUAUUAAAUAAGGAACGCUCUUAUAUAUGCGUAUAUGUAUAAUUGACGUAUAUCGAAUCAGAGCCGUAUUGUUUAAAAUUUUAAAAAUUUGCCUAUAAAAAAUAGAGAAGGGAAAGGAAAACUUUUAAAUGAAAUAACGCAGCUGUAUAUAAAAACCAAGUAAAAUGUAUUCUAUGGGCAACAUGAUUUAUAUAUGUGUAUACAAUAAUAAUCGUUUAUCAUUAUUCUAAUACAUUAAAAUAUUAGCCACAAUGAUGGUCGCAUGCAUGUGAGUACACGUUAAAACCAUAUUCGUGUCGUUUAUUUUUCAGUUUAAUGUACUUACACUAUUCGAGUGAGUGUACGCGUGUGAGUGAUUUCUUUACAUUACUUUUAUUCCAACACACAAUACAUAACUAUAUGAAUGUUUACAUAAUA